AUGUCUGAUACUGAAAGUGAAUUAUUGGAAUGUUGCAAAUGUGGAGCAUAAGUAGAUUAAAUUCUAUCACUUUAAUGCGACCACAAUUUGUGUUUGAAUUGUGCAGCAAAGGCUGUAGCAAAGUGGGGCACAUUUACUAUGUACCCUCCAUUGGUUUGUUAAAUAUGUUCAUCAAAAACUCAAUUGGAUCCAUCUGCCGUGUAAGUGUUAUUAGAGAUGAAUCCGUAAUCCUCCUGUUGUUCUGAGGAUUUUGAAUAGAGAAGUGAAAUAUUAGAAACAAAACAAUCUCAACAAAUCUAACAGGCUGAUUAUCAUAAUUAGUCAUAAUAAUAAUCACUAACUAAUAUCACUUGUUAGUAACACCUUACUGAGAGUUGUGUGUUGUAUUGUUUUACUUGUGAUGCUUAAUGUUUCUGUAUGGAAUGCUACUUAUAAGGAUUACACAAAAAUCAUGAAGUCAGAAACAUCUCAAAAUCUUUUGAUUUAAUUAGAGAAAAUGGAAAUUAACUCCAGGUCUCAUUGUAAAGUUGUUGUGAGUAUUUGCUGCAUGAACAAUGCAAAGUGGUGAACAAAAAAUAAGAUUUAGUAGACCUAGUAGGAUAAGCUAAAAUGUAGAUUACUACUAAUUUUGAAGACAUUUAUAGAACAUUAAAACUAAAAGAGUAAGAGAUGUUAUAGGCUGCUGAUGAACUAGUGGCUGAUAAACUCAUUGAGAUAGAGGGAUUGAUGGCUAAAAUUAAACUAUAAACAGAUAGAGUGAACUAAUAUAAUGAACAACUCGUUUAAUAUUUUGGAUCUAGUAGUCCUAACGUUUCAUUAUGUGUAGAGGCAUGUAAUUUUGUAGUGAAAGAGAAAAAAAAGAUUCAAAACUUAAUUGAAUAAGUUAGAUAAGAGAAAAUAAGUCCAACUAUAUAAGGUAAAUUUUGUUUGGAUUCUGGUUCCAUACAAUAAAUGAUCAGCGAUGUAAGAGGAGUCAAACUACAACUAGUUUCUUUAAGAGGAAUCGAAUCGAUCAAUCCUACUUAAAGAGAAUAAUAUAUCUAUUAAAAAGCUGUUGAAGAUAAAACUAGAGAUUCUAUGAUUGGAAAUAAUUAAGUGUUAAGAGAAGAAAAGGAGAAUAACAAUUCAAUAAGUUUUAUUGAGCGAUCUAGUUAGAAAAAAUCUUUAAAAACAAAUGAUAAUCGAGACUUUUAUACUAAAUUUCAUGAAGCUAAGAGAACCAUUAUGAACUAAAAGUCGUUCAUAUGA